ACCCAACCAUGUCAUCAAACAAGAUAACCGACGCCCGUAUUGAGCAGCUUGAGAGGCUGCAGAAGCUGAAGGACGAGCUAACGCAAAAGUUGGAGACCGAGCAGGAUGGAAUGCGGGCGCUUCUAAAUUCAAUGACCUCAGAAACACAGGAUUCCAUAUCGUCAUCAUCAAAUACCGCCAAGAGUGGGCGCAGGAAGAAGGUUUCCAGCCUUACGCAUAAAGACGCUAUCGAAGGCCACGGGAUGGCAGUCCAACGUCUGCAGGAGCAAUUUAACAAGGUGGAUAAAGAGCUGGAUGAUAUGAAGGAGUUGAUGAGGAAGUGAAAGCG